CCUUAAUUUUUGUGUCUCUCUUCUUUGUUUCUUAGACACAAAAAUGGUAGAAGCAAUCAUCUUGACUAUUGCAAAACUCAUUCUAGGAAAGAUCGCUUCUGCCCCCGGUGAUCUUGUCUAUACCUACAUUGCUGAAGAGAUCAAAGGUGCAAAGUCAGUUAAGAAAGAUCUCAAGAUGAUAGCCGACCAAUUGGAGGCCAUUUGCGCUGUUCUUGAAGAUUCAGAGGAGGAGCAGCUUACUAAUAAUGCUUACAAAAUUUGGCUUAGAGAUCUUAAGAGCAUUGUUUAUGAUAUUGAUGACCUCUUGGAUGAAGUGGCCUUUGAUGUUAUGCAACGUCGUGUUAAUCAAGGCCAACUUGGACGUCAGUUCAGGUACUAUUUUUCCUUUUCAAAUCCUGUAAUUUCAACCUUUGGUUUGAGUCACAAAAUAAGCAACCUCCGUAAAAAGCUAGAAAAUAUAGUGGCUAAGAAAAAUGAUUUUGAGUUAACCAAGCGUCCAGUCAAAACCUCUAAGGAUGAGCCUAAAGAACCUUUAGGCGGAUGUGCGUUUGUGUAUGAGCCCGCUAUUAAAGGAAGAAAUGAGGCUAAGCAAGAUAUUAUUAACAUAUUCAAUGGUGUCAAUAAUGUUAGUAAACUCUCAGUGCUUCCUAUAGUCGGGAUGGGUGGGAUCGGAAAAACAGCAUUAGCUAGAUUAGUGAUUAAUGAUAUUGAACACUUUGAUCUUAAACUGUGGGCAUGUGUAUCUAACAAGUUUGAUGUUUGUAAGAUUAUAGAGGACAUUGUAAAAGAUGGUAGUGAUGACAAUAUAGGGAACCUUAAUUCAAACACGUUGUUGAAAAAGCUCCGUAAUUUAUUAAACGAGAAAAGAUACUUUCUUGUGUUGGAUGAUGUUUGGGUAGAUAACAUAAACUUGUGGAAUGACCUUAUGAACAUACUUAAAAUUGGCAAAGCUGGUAGUGCAAUUUUGAUCACUACAAGAAUGGCUGAAGUUGCCUCAGUUACUCGAACUAUGGAACCUUAUAACUUGGAAAAGCUUCCAUUUCCUGUUUGUUGGUCCAUCUUUAAGCGAUUAGCAUUCAUCGAAGGUGACGAAGCAAAGUAUGACAACCUUUAUGAGAUUGGGAGAUCUAUAGUUGAGAAAUGUUGUGGCAUCCCUCUUGUUGUGAAGACUUUGGGGAGUUUGUUGAGGUUAAAUAGGGACAAGCAAGAAUGGCAACGAAUUAGUAAUAUGGAUAGCUUUACCGAGUUGAAUCAUCAAUAUGAUAAGGUGAUGCAACUCUUAAAAUUAAGCUAUGACUCACUUCCAUCUCACUUGAAACCAUGUUUUGCUCACAUGUCAUUAUAUGUGAAGGAUUUGCAUCUUUCUGCGGGGUAUAUACCAUAUAUGUGGGGCGCACUUGGUCUAUUGCCACAAAGCAAUAGAAACAAAGAUAUUGAAGUUUGGGGGAACGAGUAUCUUAAAAAACUAGCAUCAAUGUCUCUUCUACAAGAGCCGAGUUUUCGGUCAAAUGGAUGGCUUGAAGGGUGUAAAAUGCAUGAUCUCUUGCAUGAUCUUGCUCUGAACGUUAUGGGGGAAGAACUAGCAGUCGUAACUCAAGAUGAAGUCAUGGUUUCAGAAUUUACUAGGCAUAUAGUUUGGGGAUAUGAGAGUUCUAAUAGUUUAGAGGAUGUUGAAUUUCCUAAAGAGCUUCUGAAGGCCAAGAGUGCACGAACAUUCCGACUUGGUUUUAAAAUAAAUUAUAUAAGCCAAUCGUUUCUUCAAAAAAUUCUUUCCACUUUUAGUUGUUUACGCAUCCUGGAACUUGAAGGUAGUUCGUUUGAAGAACUACCAAGCUUGAUCGGGAACUUGAAACAUUUGAGAUAUCUCGACUUGUCAGGGAAUUCUAUCAUACAAUCUCUUCCAGAAGAUAUAUGUGACUUGUUAAAUCUAGAAGCGUUAUAUCUAGAUGGAUGUGAGCUAUUAAAAGAGCUUCCAAGGGAUAUUCACCGGCUACAGAAUUUAAGAAGUUUUACAGUGACAACAUGCCAGAAGAGUUUGACUAGCACCAAAUUGAAUCAAUUGAGUUGUCUUCGUUACAUUUGGUUUGGUUCGUGUAAGAGAUUAGAAUCCUUAUGGAACAACAACAUUUUUGUAACAGGCCUCACUUCGCUGCAGACCUUUAUCGUUGAGGACUGUCCGAUAUUGACAAGUCUUUCAAACAGCAUGAAGUUCAUUGGUCUGCAAACUUUAGAACUAGAUAAUUGUACAGAGCUAGAUUUGGAGGAAGGAGGUGGCUUGCAAGGCCUUCAAAGCCUUCGGAUAUUAAGCAUAACAGGAAUACCAAAGUUAGCAAGUCUGCCGAAUUGUAUUCAGUCUGCUACGGCCUCCCUUCAAAAUCUUUAUAUAAUUAAUUGUGUUAGUUUGGUGGAACUUCCAAAUUGGUUACAACAUUUUUCCUCUCUUCAGAAAUUGAGAAUCAAAGACUGUCAAAAUAUCUUGGCCGUGCCCAAGGGAUUUCAGCAUCUUAGAUCACUGCAAGAACUCUGGAUAAUGAAUUGCCCGCACCUAUUACAAAGAUUUGCUAUACCAAGUGGAAAAGAUUAUUAUCUGAUACGACAUGUUCCCAAAAUCUGGCUUAAUAAUGUUCCUUACACUAUACGAAGUAAAUAAUUGUGCAGAUUCUGUACUUGUGUGGUGUUCCUGAAGUCCAUCAAACUAUUAUGUAUACCAUAAUUGUCAAAUUCCUAGCUUCUGAUGAUCGAAUGUGAGUGUAUUAGUUUUGCUAUGAGCUUUGAAGAGUUCCGUCCUGCUCCGGUGGGAGAGCUGUACCAAGAUUCAAGAUUCCCUGUUGCCCAUCUCAACAAGGUGAGUCAUUUUGGGACUUUUUAAAGCCAAUCAAGCUUGGCGAAGAUGAUGGAGAACUCAUUUUGUGACUUUGAUGCCCAGUUUGAGCCUCACUUUUUAUUUCUACUUGUUGGGUUGACUAAUUAGACGAAUUAAUUGUAUGAGAUAUCAUUCUGUAAGUUCUAUUUCUUUCCAAAUUCAGAAAUAUAGUCAAGUCAUUCACAAUUAUAUAGGCAUGUAUGAC